AGAGAAUUGUUUCCUUGUAAAAAAAAGAAGAAAAAGAAGAAGUUUUUUUUUGUUUUUAAUUUAAAUAUUUUAUUUUCCAUUUAUUCAUAAAAAUUAGAUUUAAAAAAAAUAUAUAUAUAUAUAAUUGUCAAAAAAAAAAAGGAAUUGUAUCAGACUUUUUGCAAAUAAAAAAAAUUUACCCCAGCAAUAUGGCGACGGCAAACAAUUUUAAUGACAGUAACACUUCUGAUGAAAAUGAAUUUCAUCAGGAAAUAAUUGCCAAUAAAAUAAGUAAAUUUUCUCAUUUAGAUGAAGAAAAUAGAAGUCAAUCUUCUGAUGAUCAGAUUUUUCAAGAUUGUUUUUCAUCAAGUCCCGGUGAAUGUUCAUUUUCAUCACGAUUAGAGCAAGAUAUUAUUGACACUGAAGAAAUGACACAAAAAUUAUUAAAAAAUUUGGAAGAUUUAAAGAAUGCUGAAUUAAAUUUAAAAAAAACAUCAUCAUCAAAUUAUAAUUCAUCAUCAUCAACAUCAUCUUCUGAUUUUAAUUUAGAUGAAGAUAAACAACGCGAUGAUUAUUAUCAAUUUUUACGUGUAUGGGACGCUGAAUCCGGAAGUCAAGCUGAAGAAAUUGAAGAAAUAAUUAUGUGCAAUAAUUCUAAUGAGAAAAAAAAUAUUAAAUUAAAUUUAAAAGAAGAAAUUGAAGAAAUAAAUCGUUUAAAUACAAAAACAGAAUAUCAACUUAAUAAUUAUGAUUUUUAUGAUUUUGAAUAUAUUGAAAGUAAAAAUGAAAUUUUUGCAAAAAAUAAUGAUAAUAAUAAUGAUGAUGAUGAUGAUGAUGAUGAUGAUGAUGAAAAUAAAUGUUUAAAUGAACUUUUAGAAAGUGAAUUAAUGACGAGAAAAUUAAUGAAAGAAGUUGAUGAAAUGAAAAAAGCUCUUAAUUGUCAAAAAAGAAUUAACGAUCAUUUAAAAUGUCUUUUAGAUGAUAAACGAGAAAAUGUUAUUGAUAAAUAUUGUUCAUUCAAUGAAUUGGAACAAUUUUCUAAAAUGGAAAAUGAAAAUUUUGACGAAUUCAAAGAAAUUAAUUUUUUAACGCAGCAAAAAAUGGAAAAUGAAAAUUUUAAUGAAUUAGAAAAAAUUAAUUUUUUAACGAAGCAAAAAAUGGAAAAUGAAAAUUUUGUUGAAUUAGAAAAAAUUAAUUUUUUAACGAAGCAAAAAAUGGAAAAUUUCGACGAAUUAGAAGAAAUGAAUUUUUUAACAAAACAAAAAAUGGAAAUUAUUGAUAAAAAUAAAUUUCCAAAAAUGGAAAAUGAAAAUUUUGACGAAUUAAAAGAAAUUAAUUUUUUAAUGCAGCAAAAAAUGGAAAAUGAAAAUUUUGAUGAAUUAGAAAAAAUUAAUUUUUUAACGCAGAAAAAAAUGGAAAAUUUCGACGAAUUAGAAGAAAUGAAUAUUUUAACAAAACAAAAAAUGGAAAUUAUUGAUAAAAAUGAAUUGUGGAAAAUGGAAAAUGCAUUUAAUGAGGAUGUGAAAAUUCGAGAAAUUUUUCAAGCCGAAAAAAACAAAAAUAACAGAAAAAAUUUUGAAUUCGAAACAACUUGGAUGGAAAAUAUGAAUUUUCCACAAAAUAACGAUGAUGAUGAUGAUAAUUUUUCACAAAUAGAUAAUAAUUAUUUACCAACAAAUUUGAAAAAUUAUUCAAAUAAAAAAAUUAAAAAUUUAUCAUCAAAUAAAAAUGAUGAAAAUUUUCAUCAAUUUUUGAUAAUUAAUAAAAAUAAAAAAAUGGAAUUUCAUGAAAAUAAAGAAUUGGCAAAAAUAAUGGAAGAUGAGGAUUCAAUUUUAAAUGAAGAAGAAAUUUGUGAAACUUUGAAAAAAAUUGAAUUAUUAAAAAAAACAAUAGAGGAGGAAAAAAUGAAUGCUUUAAAAAAUCUUUGUGUGGAAUUUAAAGAAUGUGAAAUGAAAAAGAUUGAAGAGAACGACGAAGAAAUAGAAAGGCAAAUGGAUAAUGAAAGUAAAAAUGAAAAAAAUGAUAAUGAAGAAGAUAUUUUAAUGGAAAGUAAAAGUGAUAAUGAAAAUGAAAUUUUGAUGAUAAAUAAAAAUAGUGAAAAACAUUUUUAUUUAGAAAAAGAGAAAAAUGAAAUGAAAAUUUUUUAUGAUAAUUUGGAAAAUGGAAAAAUUAAUUAUAAAGAUUUUUUGAUAAAUGAUAAAAUAAUAAAUCAAUUGAAAGAGGAAAUUGAUAAAGAAAAUGAUAUUGAAAAUUUAAAAGAAAAUACCAAAGUAAAUGAUAAUGAAAAUACUCAAGAAAAUACCAAAGAAAAUGAUAAUGAAAACACUAAAGAAAAUAAUAAUGGAAAUGAUAAUGGAAAUGCCAUUAAAGAAAAUUAUAAUGAAAAUGCAAAAGAAAAUAUUAAAGAAAAUGAUUAUAAAAAUAAAAAUGAAAAUUAUAAAGAAAAUAAUAAUGAAUCUAGUGAAAAUUUAAAAAUAAAUAAUCAAGAAAAAAACGAGGAAAAUAUUGUUAAAAACAAAUCUUGCGAAAAUAAUGCUAAUCAAGAAACAAUCGAUGAUGAUGAUGAUGAUGAUUUGGAAAUUAUUGCCCAUAAAUUAAGUAAAUUAUCGUUACAAAAAAAGGAAAAUUUAAUCAAAGGCAAAUUAUACGAUUUUGAUCCAAAAAUUCAUGGAAUAAGAAUGACAGAAGAAUAUCUCAGAAAACAUUGCAAGGAACAAAAAUUAUAUCAAACUCCACAUUUAAAUGAUGUUUUAUAUUUGCAUUUUAAAGGAUUUUCGUUUAUUGAAAAUUUAGAAACAUACACUGGUCUAAAAUGUCUUUGGCUGGAGAAUAAUGGUAUUCAUGAGAUAGCAAAUCUUGAAAACCAGACAGAAUUAAAGAGCCUUUAUCUACAGAAUAAUUUAAUAAAAAAAAUCGAAAAUCUUGAAUAUUUAUUGAAAUUGGAUAGUUUAAAUUUAUCGCACAAUAUGAUUAAGAAAAUAGAAAAUCUUGAUAGUUUGAAAUUUUUAAAUACUCUCAAUAUUUCACAUAAUUUUCUCGAAGAAAGAGAAGAUAUUGAAGAAUUGGAGUCACUUGAGAAUCUCUCAAUAUUAGAUUUAUCACACAACAAAAUAGAAACGUUGGAUGUACUCGAAAUUUUAGGAAACAUCAAAUGUUUAAGAGUAUUGACAUUGACGGGAAAUCCAGUCAUUAAAUCAAUUAAAAUGUAUCGUAAAACUUUGAUCUUAAAGUGUAGGAAUUUAAUGCACCUGGACGAAAGACCAGUAUUUCCUCGUGAUCGUGCUUGUGCAGAAGCAUGGAAAAAAGGUGGUCCUGAAGCGGAAUCUUUUGAAAGAAAACGACUCAUUCAAGAGGAACAAAAUAGAAUAAAUGAAAGUGUUCUUGCUCUCAUUAGCAAAAAAAAAUCGAAACAAAUAGAAAAGGAAAAAUUGAAAGACAAAAAUAUUUCUGAUGUGAUUACAAUUAGUGGUCCAGAAGUAGAAGAGGAGUCUGCAAAAGAAAUGGAGGAAGAUUCUGAUGAAACAAAUCACCAAGACACGAUGAGAGAAAUUCUUCUACCUUGGAAAACAAAGGAUGAAGAAAUUUAUUCAAUAAAAGAGACAGAAAAUGAAAAAAAAAUUCAAAUACUAUCAUCAGUUGAUGACAAUAAAAAAGAGGGAAAUUUAGAAAUUUCAAAAUCGGAAAAAAUAUCUCUAAAGAAAAAUGACAAAAUAAUAGAAAAUCAGGAGAAUAAAUUAAAAGAAAAAAAUGUAAAUCAACAAAUUUUCAAGAAAAAAUCAAUUUUCAUCAUUACACAAGAAAAAUUGAAUGAAAAAUUAUUGAGAAAAAUACGUCCAAGAAAAAUGAAACAACAUUCAAUUUUUUCAAAAGGAACAAAAAAUAUAAUUUUCAAAAAUGGGAGAAAAAAUAAAAAAAUUAAAAAAGUAAUUUCAAAGAAAGAAUUAAUAAUUCAAGAUAACAAUUUUCUAUUAAAAGAAAAUAAAUAUGGUCUCCCAAUUAAGGAAAACUAUUAUUCAUUAUUAGAGUUAAAAAAUGCUUCUGGCGAUCAAUUAAUUAUUCCAUCAAAUGAAGAAGAAGAAGAAAUCGAUGUUGUUUCUAUUGAUACGGAAGAGAAAAAAUUUUCCUAAAAGGUUUUUAUAAAAAAGAAUUCUUUUUUUUUGUUAAACAAAAUAUAUAAAGAUUUAUCUUCACAGAA